ACUUAAAACUCUUUUCGUGUAUCAUAAGUUCGAUUUGAACCUAUUCUUGAGAAAAAAAAUAAAAUUUUAUCAAAACUUACCAAAAAAAGGUGCAAAUUUGUCUUAUUCGCCUUAAGAAGGGAAAAGAAAUGGAGUUAUUGAGCUUUCUUUCUUUGGAUAUAGCAGAAGAGAUCUUUUGCUUUAAGAUAAAACAAACCCGACUCUACAAUGCUUGAUUUUGGCUGAGUUAUAAAUUUUUUUAUAAGUGCUGUACAGCAGUUUAGAAAUGAUGAUUUUUGGCAAAAUCGAUAAAAGAAAAAAGAUUCUACCUCAGUCUUUUGUGAUUAUAAAGAAUUUUAAAUAUAGCCAUUUGAGAGCUUUGGAAGAGCUGCAAAACGACUAGAUUAGAUUCUUUGUUUUAUGUGGCAAAUUAUGAAGGACUAAAAUUGACAAAAGCGUGUUUUAGGUUCCAAAGUAAUGGAGAUUGAAGUUUCACAGUAUUCCCUCUUAUUUUUUAUUUUUGAGAUCUACAAAAAUAUGUUCUUUAUGUUUUUGUAGAGCAGCAGCUGACAAUGCAUCUAAUGAAAAACUAAUUAAGAGUUGGGAACGUAACAAAAAAAAGUUGUAGAGGAAAUAUUACAAAUGCCAUUUAAUCUAGGACACCCGAUACAUUACAAGUCCUUCUCGAAAACUUCAUUCGAUCGGAUCCCAAACUUUAAAAAACUAGAUGAUGGUAUGCUGGAAGUGAUCUUCUUCUGCAAUCCACACUUUUCUUUACAUUAGUCUGUGUUCAACUCAAAAUCAAAAAUUUUUCCAAAAAAGAGGGAGUGUAUUCUUAAUAGAUCAGGUUAUUAUUAGAAUAAAUAUUUAACAUUUUUCUACAAUCAUAACGCUACUAUACAGCUUUUCUUUUAAUCUUUAUGCGCUCAUAGAUUUACAUAUUGUGUAAAUGACUGGCUACAUGUGUUGCUGCGUUAAUAUUUUUACUCUUCUCUUGCUGUCAGCAUAUGCACCCAAAUAAAGCGUGGAAUGACUCGCUAGUAACCAAUUCAACAUGUUAUGAACAACAGCGGCAAUGAAUCAACAACACAUGAAUUAUCAAACAUGAUGAAAUCUAUUUUUCUUCCUCUUUUAUCGCAUAUUUAAUCGCAUGCUUUUAUGCUCUUUCUCACAUAGAAAUAUAAGAUCGCAGUACCUACAAAUACUAGUACUGAUAUGUCUAAUAGAUACAGUUACUACACCAUUCACAGGUGUUUCCGUUUGACAUUAUUUAUAUCGAGAAUAUACGAUAGAAGUGUGCGAAGACUAAGGAUGUUGUUUAAGAUUUUAGAAUACGUUUUGGAAAAUAUACCUAGUCAUAGAAGUAGCUAAACAGUUCUAGAAGCGAUAGAAUAAUGAAAAAAAAUCGCACUCUAUGGAAUGUGCGAUCUUUUCUUCUUAAUUCGGGCGUUUCGUUAUAAAUUGAUAACUCAAGUGCAGAGUGUAUUGUCUACUUUACAUAUGUAUUUAUUCAGAAUCCAAACAUCUAAAUGACAAAUGGUGGUGGCUAUUAUCAUUUAAUUUUUUUCAUGAUGUUAAUAAUCAGAAUACUGAACAUAUCUAAUUUUUUUUAUUUUAUUUAGACUUUGGUCGAUAUGCAUCACAAACUGAACAGUUGAUGAAAGAAUUGAUUCCAAAAGCUGAGGAUAAUGGAUGGUUAACACAACGUUAUCAACAACCACAACAACAAAAAACUAAUAGUACGGGAGAAAUUCCAUCUUUAAUGUCAAUUCCAACACCAGCCAUUGGAUUAGAACAAGAUAAAAAAUUAAAUAGAAAUGGUAAACAAUCAAUGUACACAUCAUCCGUACUCACCAUCGGAAGACAAAAUUCAAAUCAACCAACUAAAGAGAAGUAA